CCAUUGGAGAGAAAUAUCUGUCUACAGUGAAACGGCAGUGGCAGACCAAUCUGCUCCAUACACUGCAAAGGGGGGUGUCAGAAAAGAAUGAAACUGUUUUGAGGUAGAAAAUAAGCGUAGUGGUGAACUGAAGUGGACAGAGAAGAACUAGAAGAAACCGAAACGUUUGACAUUUUCAACCACGUCAUUCUGCAUAGAAAAGUGUGUGUGCAUGCAGAUGGAGUACAAAGUGACAGUGGCCACUGGAACAUCCGAAUAUUCGGGAACUAACAACUAUGUGUACGUGACUCUGGUCGGAGAGAGAGGAGAGAGUGAGAGAACAGUGCUGGACAAUCCAGGGCUUGACCUCUGCAGAGGAGCCGUGGAUGACUACACCGUCCGAAGCCCCGCUGAUUUGGGUCCCCUGAUACUUGUGCGACUGGAAAAACAAAAGUACUGGGUGGAGGAUAACUGGUUCUGCCGUUAUGUGAAAGUCAGUUUGCCUGGAGAGAGACUCAGUUAUACUUUCCCCUGUUAUCGCUGGCUAGUGGGAGACGGAGUGGUGGUAGAGCUUAGAGAAGGCGCAGCCAAAAAGUUGAGUGAUGACACCUUGCCAGAGGAGUUAUCACACAGAAAGGCUGAGCUUCAGGAGAGGCAGAAGACAUAUAGAUGGCUGGCAUGGGCCCCAGGGAUUCCGAAAUGCAUAGAUAGCAAGACAGAGGCCGACCUGCCCCAGGAUGUUCGCUUUGACAAUGAGAAGCGCAGUGACUUUGUGGGAUCCUUGCACUAUGCACUUUUGGAGCUUUCUCUGAAAAAAUUGGCAAUCAAGUUUGGAAAGUCCUGGAAUGAUCUGGAUGAUUUCAAAAGGAUCUUCUGGAAGCUAAGAAGCCCUAUUGCUGAAUACACUAUGGAGCACUGGAAAGAAGAUUGGUUCUUUGGUUACCAGUUCCUCAACGGCUCAAACCCACGGAUGAUUAAGAGGAUAGAUAGGCUUCCUCCUAACUUUCCUGUAUGUGGAGACAUGUUGCAGCCUUCACUGAUGCCCACAACCAAUUUAAAGAUGGAACUCAAGAAAGGAAAUAUAUUCCUGGUUGAUUAUGCUUUAAUGGAUGGAAUUCCCGCCAAUGUAAUAAGUGACCAGCAGCAGCACAUAGCUGCUCCACUCUGCUUACUGUAUGAACACCCUGACAAAGGUCUCAUCCCCAUUGCCAUACAGCUUGAGCAGAAACCUGACAAAGACACGCCCAUAUUCCUACCCAGUGACCCGCCUCUGGCCUGGUUACUGGCUAAGAUGUGGGUUCGUCACGCUGAGUUCCAGUUCUUUCAGCUGUUAUCACAUUUGCUACGCACGCACUUGGUGGUGGAAGUGAUCUGUGUGGCCACAAUGCGUCAGCUACCUGCUGUUCACCCUCUAUAUAAGCUCCUAACUCCACACUUGAGGUACACGCUUGAGAUUAACUGUCGUGGAAGAACACAGCUCAUCUCCCCAGAUGGCAUCUUCAAAAAGGUGGUAUCAACAGGAGGAGAUGGAGUCUUGCUUCUGGCACAGAGAGAGUAUAAAGUACUAACCUAUCGCUCCCUCCAGCCCAAGUUUGACUUCUUGGACAGAGGGGUUACUAAACUAAGAGGCUAUUUCUACAGGGAUCAUUCCAUGAUGCUGUGGGGGGUGAUUCAAAACUUUGUUUCAGGUAUUGUUUCUCUGUACUACCAGAGUGAUAGUGAUGUGGAACAGGACACAGAACUUCAGGCAUGGAUUAAUAAUGUGGUCACGGAGGGCUUUGUGGGUGUGCCUGAUUUUGGUCUAGCUAGUGAGCUGAAGAGAAAAGAAGAACUGAUCACACUGAUAAGUGUUGUGAUUUUCACCAGCACAGCACAACAUGCUGCCACCAAUAACGGACAGUUUGAUUGGUGUGCGUGGGUACCCAACACACCCUGCACCAUGCGGCAGCCCCCACCAACUGAUAAGGAUGCUGUUACUAUGGGCCUGAUCAUGGACUCGCUCCCUGAUAUUAGCCAGUCCUGCAUACAGAUGGCCAUCACAUGGCAUUUAGGGCGGGCACAGCCAGAUGCGAUCCCAAUGGGCCAGUAUGUGGAACACUAUUUUACUGAGCCUGCUGCUUUGAAGGUGAUUGACAAAUUCAGAAAAGAAUUGAAAGAUGUUGAGGAGCAAAUAAAGGCUCAGAAUGAAGGACUAGAUCUGCAGUACCUUUACCUGUGUCCAAGCAACGUUGAAAACAGCAUCACCAUUUAGAGAAGGCUCUUUUCAGUGUGGUCUGUGAAAUUCAUUUCAGUGGAGUCUUGAUUGUUAAUCCAUGAUAUAAAUCCAAUAAUGUGAAGUUGUGACAGGAAAGUAGGAUAAUGUAUUUUUAAGAACAUCUUCAGUACUAAGAAUAUAAAAGUCUAGUGACAUAUUAAUAA